GGCGCGGCCGCCUGGACCCGCCAAGCGCCCGCCCAGCGUGGAGCAGACAUGACCUCGCGCAGGUGGUUUCACCCCAACAUCAGUGGAGUUGAAGCAGAGAGGCUGCUCCUGUCCAGGGGCCAGCACGGGAGCUUCCUGGCAAGACCCAGCAAGAGCUGCCCAGGGGCCUUCACACUGUCUGUCAGGCGCCAUGAUGAGGUGACACACAUCAAGAUCCAAAACACGGGCGACUACUAUGGCCUCUACGGAGGGGAGAAGUUUGCGACGCUGGCCGAGCUGGUGCAGCACCACACAGGCCAGCACGGGGGGCUGCUCCGCGAGCGUAGCGGGGCCCCCGUCGAGCUCCGGCACCCACUGGGCUGCCGGGACCCCACAUCUGAGCGGUGGUACCAUGGGCACCUGUCUGGACAGGAGGCCGAGCAGCUGCUGAUGGAAAAAGGACGUCCGGGCACCUUCCUGGUGCGGGAGAGUCGGAGCAAACCCGGGGACUUCGUGCUGUCGGUGCUCACGCAGCCGCCGGACAAGGCAGACCGCCGGCCGCGGGUCACACACAUCAUGAUCCGCUUCCAGCCAGACGGCACGUAUGACGUGGGAGGUGGGGAACGGUUCGACACCCUCGGAGACCUGGUGGAAUGCUACAAGAAGAACCCCAUGGUGGAGAAGUCGGGGGUCGUGGUGCACCUCAAGCAGGCCUCUCCGUGCCAGCCCCUCAAGGCCACGAGGAUCAAUGCCGCAAGCAUCGAGAGCCGAGUACAGGAGCUCACCAGAGCCACUGACGCCGGCGAGAAGGCCAAGCAGGGCUUCUGGGAGGAGUUUGAGAUGCUGCAGCAGCAGGAAUGCCAGCUCCUGUAUCCCCGGAAGGAGGGACAGCGGCUGGAGAACAAAGCCAAGAAUCGCUACAAGAACAUCCUUCCAUUUGAUACCACUCGUGUCACCCUGCAUGACGUGGACGACAGCGUGCCUGGAGCCAACUACAUCAACGCCAACUACAUCAGGAGUGAUCCAGAAGAGAAGCCAGGCCAUGGACAGGGCAAGGUAUACAUCGCUACCCAGGGCUGUCUGCAGACCACAGUGGCGGCCUUCUGGGCGAUGGUGCACCAGGAGAACACACGUGUCAUUGUCAUGGCCACAAGGGAGGUGGAGCGAGGCCGGAACAAAUGUUUCCGAUAUUGGCCAGAGCUGCAUGGCCGCCAAGAACAUGGCCGUGUGUGUGUCUGCAACUUGGCUGAGUACCAGGCCCAGGGCUACUGUGUGCGGGAACUGCAGGUGUGGCGGCCAGAUCAGGGGGAGCCACCGCGCACAGUGAAGCACUACCAGUACUUCAGCUGGCCAGACCACGGGGUCCCGGCCGAGCCGGCCAGCGUCCUCGACUUCCUGGACCAAGUGAACAGGGCACAGAGCAGCAUGCCAGGGGCCGGACCCAUGGUGGUGCAUUGCAGCGCCGGCAUCGGACGCACUGGCACCAUCAUCGUGAUUGACAUCCUGGUGGACAUCAUCCGCAGGCAGGGUGAGCCGCGCGGCCCCCUCCCGCAGGCCAGCCCCUCCUAUCUGGGCCCUCUCCUCCCGGCUACCCCGCCUCCCCGGCGCCGGCCCCGCCCCCCGUCUACGCCGCCGCAACCCCCCCCCCCCCCCCCGCCCCGUUCCGCCCUGAGCGCGCUCGUGCCCAGGUCUGGACUGCGACAUCGAUGUGCCCAAGACGAUCCAGCUGGUGCGACGGCAGCGCUCGGGGAUGGUGCAGACCGAGGCGCAGUACAAGUUCGUGUACCUGGCGCUGCAGCGGUACAUCCAGGACGAGCAGCUGCGUCUGCGCGAGCAGCCGCCAGAAGAGCACGACCAUCUGAACGCGGGCCUCGCGUCGGCAGACCCGGGCCGCAGCCCUGGGCCCGCGUCGUCCCGGGCACCGGCGGCGACCCCAGAGGGCCCCGGCGGCUUGUAGAGAACCUGCGGGGCCUCGGGCGGCGGUGACGGUCUUCGCGUGCGCCGCCCCCCACCCCCACCCCCCAGGACCUGGAGCCGCGGCUGGAGGCGGGAGCCAGCAAGACGCACUCCUCAAAAGACUGUGCUCAGCACUGUACAGCCCGGAGCUUGUCCCUGAGUGCUGGGGGAGGGGUCCCGGAACCCUCAGACCCUCCCUGGCCUGGGCCUGGAUGCCUAGAAAUGGGGAGGGGCAGUCGGGAGCCCCGAGUGCCCCUGCCCUUUCUGGGGCUCCCAGGUGAGGGAAGAGGGGGAAGCAGGGCUUCAGGGCGGUGGUUCGACGCUCACCGGGGGGCCACCAGUCACCACCCGCACAGCACAGUGACCAGUGCGACCCCACGUGUGAGUGUCGGCCUGUAUGUGUGACGUGAGUCACCGACGAGCAAGUGGCCAGUCUGUGCUUGACGGGACUGUAGCCGUUGGCCUUGUGCCUAGCUCCCCUGUACCCCAACCACCCCCCUUCAGAGCUGGUCUUCAGCCCGACCCACAGCACAGGUUACAUGUGGAAAAUGCUUCAUCAGGGAAUGUGCGAGAUGCCCGUGUGAGUGCGUGUGCGACAUCACGUGCCUGGCGUGGGUCUCACGUGUGGACUGGUGUGUGUGACGGGUGUGAUGUCGCCCGCAUGUAGUCUGUGGCCACACCCUCCCAUCUCGGAAGGCCCUGUGGCUUUGUGGGAUCCUCAAUAAAAUGCCUCGUUCUCA